AUGGUUUACCUUGACAUGCAAAACAGCCACGCUUACGAUGAGACCAUUCCCAAACCGCCUGAUGGAGUGGGAAAACCAAGGAAGGUGAGUCGCAUGGAAAGCGUUAUUGCGCUGCUCGCCGCCCUGAUAGGCCUAUCGGUAGGGGCUGGAGCCGGCUUUUAUGGCCGUCGGCUGGUUUCGGCGAGACGAAUCAACAGCGCUCAGGUUGAGGCUGACAAAAUCGUAGAAGCGGCGCGGCGCGGAGCUCAGACCCUGGUCAUAGAGGCCAAGGAAGAAACGCUUCACUUGCGCGCCGAAUGGGAAAAGGAACAGAGAGACCACAGGUCUGAGUUCAAACGGUCUGAGCGCAGACUAAGAAAGCGAGAUGAGAACCUCGACAAGCGGGCCAAUAAUCUCGAACGUCGCGAGCAAACGAUCGCGCAACAGGAGGGCCACGCCCAGAAGAUAGUGGACGAGAUCGAGGACAGCAAGCAGCAGGCGCUCGCAAAGCUGGAGGAGAUCUCGGAGCUGAGUCUCCCACAGGCUAAGGACCUGCUGAUGCGCGAGGCCGAAGAGGAGAUCCAACACGAGAUAGCCCGUCGGUAUAGAGACAUUGAGGUGCAAGCACAGGAAGACGCCCGCGAGGUCUCUUCCAGGAUACUGGCUACCAGCAUUCAGAGAAUGGCUGCCGAUGUCGUCUCUGAAAUGACAGUAACCACAGUUCCCCUUCCCAACGACGACAUGAAAGGCGUCGACCUGAUAAUCGAUGACACGCCGGAGGCCGUAACCCUGUCGUGCUUCGAUCCAGUCAGGCGCGAGGUCGCCAGAAUUGCCGUGACCAAACUCAUUGCGGACGGCAGGAUCCACCCUGCGCGCAUUGAGGAGAUGGUCAGCCGCUCUGAGAAAGAGGUCGAGAAGUCGAUCUGGUCAGCGGGAGAAGAGGCGAUAUUCGACACCGGGGUACGUGGAAUGAACCCCGAGAUCAUCAAGCUGCUGGGACGCUUGAAGUUCCGCUACAGCUAUGGUGAGAACGUACUUCAACACUCGUUGGAAGUCUCGCAUAUCGCAGGCAUGAUCGCAUCUGAGGUCGGGGCCAACAUCAAGGUUGCCAAGGCCGGCGGUCUGCUCCACGAUAUCGGAAAGGCGCUCACUCACGAGGUGGAAGGGCCACACGCUGAGAUCGGCGCCGAGAUCGCCAACAAGUACAAUGUGGCGGCCAGAGUGUGCGCGUGCAUCGCCGAGCACCACGACGACGUUAUGACCUCUCCGGAGGCUUUCAUCGUGGCUGCCGCCGACGCAAUCAGCGCGGCGAGGCCAGGCGCACGUAAGGAUACCGUCGAGAACUACAUCAAACGUCUCCAGGCUCUGGAAGACGUCGCAAGCGAUUUCGAAGGCGUCGAGCGUUGCUUCGCCAUUCAAGCGGGCCGCGAAGUACGCGUCAUGGUCAGGCCAGACUCGAUCGACGACAUCAUGGCUUCCAAACUGGCCCGGGACAUCGUCAAGAAGGUCGAGGACAACCUGGUAUAUCCAGGUCAGAUCAAGGUGACGGUGAUCCGCGAAAGCAGGAUCGUCGAGUACGCGAGGUAA